ACACGGGUAGGAUGAAAUUUCAGGGCAUGGAUUCCUAUUAAAUUCAAUCCUAAUGAUGUGAUCUAACUCCCCUAGAAAUGUACCGUAAAGCUUACGUGACCCCCUGUUAUAUGUAACGUUUUUAAACUUGCACAUUUCGACAAAAAACGGACAGAAAAUGUCAUUAGAAAUCUGUAGCUUUAGUAGCAAAACUAAUUUUAGAAUUGAAAUCCCCCACACGAAUUAGGGAAGAUCAAUUUAUUUGUAUAAAUGCAACGAAAAAAAUUGUUUCCAGUGUCAUUUAUUAUUUAAUUUACUCACCUGUAAUAAAAAAAAAACUGCUCUCCGAAUGUUUUUCCUUUGUCGUCUGACGUUCUACACUUCUAAGUUUAUGAGUGCACGUUUGAAAUCCAUCCUAUUAUUUACAGCCAGCGACGCGUUUUAGAUACAAUAGCAGCUGCAUACAUAUCCUCUUUAUCUCGUUCUUUAUCGUAAGUUGACAAACGCUUUUUUGUGAAAUGAAAAAAUUAUCUUCCAGAAUAAAGACUCAUUUCAAAUACCUCUCUUGUUUUAAAAAUCCUAAUGUGAUAACAUUUUCAAGCUACUUUUUUAAAUGUACAUAUGAUGAAAUUUUUAAACUUAUAAAGAAAAUGUUGAAUUCAUUGAAUAGGUGUUAUUGAAAGAGAAAUCUUCAGCUUUUUAUACCGAGGUUUAAAGAAUAUCCAGUUAUUAAUUUCAACCGACUGAAGAUGCUUUCAAAUUUCAUAAACAAAAGUUUCUACAACACGUUUGUGAUUGGUAUAGUGCUUUUAUUUACUGAUUAUUUUCCUACUAUUGCUUCUUCAAGAGAUGAAUCCCAUAUCUGGGAAAUGAAAGAAUCAACUGACUCCUUCAGACUUCCUCGAAGCAUUGUGCCUAUUCAUUAUGAUAUAGUUUUUAAUCCACGCAUUAAAUCUGAUAAAUUCAACGGUGAUGUGAAUAUCACUGUUAGCGUUAUUAGACCUACAAACUACUUUACUGUACAUGAAAGAGGAUUGGAAAUUUCUAUUUCGGAAGUAUAUGAUAUUGAGCAACGUAAAAUGCUUAACAUCAAAAGAAGAUUUAAAUCUGGAAUGGACAGUUAUAUCAUUGAAACCAUGGAUGAAAUAAGAACAGGAAAGUAUAUUUUGAUCUUUGAAUUUAAUGGUAUUUACGAACAUGGUGUAGGAUUAUACAGAGAAGAAUAUGACUAUUCCAAAAAUGACAAAAGACACCUGGCAAUGACAUUUUUUGCCCCAAAUUAUGCUAGACGAGCUUUUCCAUGUUUUGAUGAACCCUCAUUUAAAGCGACAUUUUCCAUUGGUGUCUUCCACGACUCAACGCAUUUUGCAAUCUCCAACAUGCCAGUUGCGCUUGAAAUGGGCUUGGAAAAUAACAGAAAACUCACCAAAUUUGAAAAAACUCCAUUGAUGUCUACUUAUCUAUUGUGUAUAAUUGUCUGUGAUUUCCAAUACAAAGAAACUUUAACAGAUAAUGGAAUAAAGAUAAGAGCGUAUGCAUCUCAAGACACAGUCGAUAAAAUUGAAGCAGCUCUAAAUUGGACAAGCAAAAUACUGACUUAUUUUGAAAACUACUUGAAUGUAUCUUAUCCCUUAAAGAAACUUGAUAUUAUUUCAUUACCAGAGUUUGAUGCCAAUGGUAUGGAAAACUGGGGAUUAAUAACUUACAAGGAACAAAGUUUGUUGGUUGAUAAUACAUCAUCAAUGACCCACAAAUUGAAAGUGGCAAUUCUCGUUGCACACGAAGUAGCUCAUAUGUGGUUUGGAAAUUUAGUCACAAUGGACUGGUGGAACGAAACAUGGCUCAAUGAAGGAUUUGCCACACAUUUUGCAUGGAAAGGAGCUAAGCAUGUAUUACCAGAAUAUUUUAUGGUGGAUGAUAGUGGUAUAUUAGAUGCUUGCAAUGUUAUGAAGCAAGAUGAAAGUAUUCAUACACGACCUGUCAUCCGAACUGUAACUGAGGUUAUGUAUUCCGAUGUAUAUAGUAUCAUUGUUUAUAAAAAGGGAGCCUCUCUAUUGAGGAUGCUAGAGAAGUAUAUAACAGAAGAGAAUUUCAUUAAAGGAAUAUCGAAAUAUCUAACGAAGCAUGCUUAUGGAAAUGCGGAAACAGAAUACUUAUGGCUUGAAAUAAAUGAGUUCACCAUUGAGCAGGGAAUAAAUGUAUCCAGACUAAUGCACUCAUGGCUUACUGCAAGCAAUUUUCCUUACAUUAAUGUCAGUUGCAGAAAACGAAAUAGUUGCCAGUGUAACUUAUUUCAGAAUCGCUUUCUAUUGGAUCCGCUCAGCAAAGAGUCCACCCAAAAUCAAUCGCACCAACGAUUUAUAUGGGACGUGCCAUUAUCAUAUACAACAUCUGAGUCAAACGCUGUAGAAUAUAUAUUAUUCGACUCAAAACAAAAAGCUUUUCCUUGCAACCAAACAAAAUGGAUAAAAUUUAACAGCCAAUAUUCAGGAUAUUAUUUAGUUAAGUAUUCGGAAAGGGAUUGGAAGCAGUUUAUCCGCAUUUUGGCAAGAAAUUUAACGGUCUUUAACAAAACUGAUAGAUUGAAUUUGUUGUUUGAUGCUUUCACCCUAGCUUCCCAUGGAAAAAUAAACUAUAGUAUUCCUUUAAAUUUAUCUCGAUACUUGAAAAAAGAAGAUUAUCACAGUGUAUGGUCAGUAUACCACGAAUUUAUGAGUACAAUUAAAGGAUAUUUAUCUGAUGACAAAAAUGGUACGACAGCUUUAAAAAUCUAUACUAGAAAACUAGCCAAGCAACUAUACAGCAAAUACCGAUGGAACAACGAAGGCAACUUUCUUGAAAAAAACCUAAGAAGAGAAUUGAUUAAAGCAAUAUGUGGUAACAACGGCCGAGUUUGCAUGGAAACAGCAGCUGAUGCUUACAAGAAAUGGAUGAUUGGUGAAAUGCCUAAUCCGGAAUUUGCGGAAUUGGUGUAUAAAUGUGGUUUGAGCAAGCUUAAUGAUGAAGUUUCCUUCAAUCACAUGUGGAAUAAAUAUUUAAAUGAAUCAAAUCCAUUGCUGAAAGAACAAUAUCGAGAUGCAUUAUCACAUGUUGGAAAUUCUUCAGUACUUAAAAGGCUUUUAACAGACUGCAUGGACAGAAGAUAUUUCAGACUUUCUUGGCAAGUCCCCAUGAUUAAGUCAAUUGCUGGAAAUAGUAAAGGUUUCUCUUUAGUGUCUUCGUAUAUUAUCAAUAAGUGGAAUGAUUUAGUAAGAAAAUAUGGAGAGGAACAAUCUGAAAACUUAGCAGAAUUUGUAUUCAGUAAAUACCAAACCGAGAAAGAUUUACUACUGGUUCAAGAGUUUUAUGAAACGCAUCCAUCAACAGAAAAGAACAUGAAAGCUCGUACUCGUACCCUGGAUAAUAUUAAGAGGCGCAUAAAUUGGAAGCUUAAAUAUCAAGCAGAAGUUACAGAAUGGUUUUACAUAAAUUCAAAACCUUAAUUUCUUGCUUAGAAAAUAUUUUAGCGCAUGAUAUUGAAGGGGAAAAAAUGCACCAUAUAUUAGUUACAUAUGAACUAUUUACAGUGAUGCACCGUAAUCUAUGUUUUCACAAUGAAAGUUGUCUUUCUAAUAAGUUGAACUUUUUGAUAACACACAUUUUGUGAAGUCUUUAUUUUAAUAAAUAAUGAAUAUAUA